AUUUUAUAAUUUAACAAAAGAUUAGAGAUAAUUUUGUCGAUUGCCAGACCACGUGUUCGAAUUGGUUCAUUAUAUUAAAAAUUUUGCAAAUUUAAAAAAAGGCGCGUUGGAAAAAUUUGUGGAAAUCAAUACCAAAAUAUACAUGGCCUCCAUUAAGCGCUCCCCUCCUCCUGACAAUGCUGCUGGCAGCUCAAGCAAGAAGCUAAAGACCAGAGACAGUGAUUCCCCUCCUCCAAACUUUGAAGAUGACCUUGCACUCCUUGAGGUGAUGGAAGAUGAAGAUGAUUCUUCUCCGGAAUCAAAAUGGAGACGUCCUUCAUUACCUCCCAUUGACCCAUCGACUGACAGUGUAGUAUUUCAACACAUUGACAUUGAAUCCUAUGUAUCCAGUCCUAUUAGAGGUGUUUCAGCAUACAGGCACCUGCCGUCAGUCCCAGUCCUUAAGAUGUACGGUGUGACUCAAGAAGGUUUCUCAGUCUGUGCUCACGUCCACAGUUUCAUGCCUUACCUUUACGUUGCUUCCCCUUUCCCUCAGACCACACCCAUAACAUGCAAAGCAUUUCAAGAUGCUCUCUCUGCCGCCAUUUUAUCCGACGCUCGUUCAUCACGUGAGACUGCACCCACUCCUGUACUAGGUAUUGAAGUAGUAUCCAAGUCGUCCUUAUAUGGGUAUCAGUUCAACCAAUCAAAUACCUUCCUUAAGGUGAUCCUCUCCCUCCCUCGUUUCAUUGCUCCUGCUAAGCGUCUCCUCGAACUUGGACUAGAUGUCAAAAGUGUCGGCCAUUUUUCUUUCUCAGUGUUUGAGUCGAAUAUUGAGUAUGAAGUGAGAUUUAUGAUCGAUACUGACGUCGUGGGUUGUAAUUGGAUCGAAGUGCCCCCCGGGAAAUAUUCUCUACGUAAAUUUGGCCCUCCUGGCGUGACCACACCCACCACAAGGUGUCAGAUUGAGUUAGAUGUGUCAUGCGAUGAUUUCAUAAGUCACACCCCCGAGGGGGAGUGGCAGAAGAUAGCUCCGUUAAGAAUAUUAAGUUUUGAUAUCGAGUGUGCCGGGAGAAAGGGGGUCUUUCCUGAGGCUGACGUUGAUCCUGUUAUUCAAAUUGCUAACAUGAUACAGGUGCAAGGUGACCCCGCCCCUUUUAUCCGUAACGUGUUCACUCUUGGUUCUUGCUCUGGUAUUGUUGGCAGUGAUGUGAGGUCCUUUGCUAACGAGAAAGACUUACUACAAAGCUGGUGUGAGUUCCUCCAGGAGACUGAUCCUGAUAUACUAACUGGUUACAAUAUUGUUAAUUUUGAUCUUCCCUACCUCAUCAAUCGAGCUAAAGCUUUGAAGCUCCAGCAGUUCCCUUACCUUGGUCGUACCACCUCCGCCAUGACAGUUAUUAAAACAUCAACGUUUGAGUCAAAGGCGUACGGGAAGCGAGAAAAUAAACUAAUUAAUAUAAGUGGGCGGGUCCAAUUUGAUUUAUUACAGGUUUUGUUCAGAGACACAAAGUUACGGUCGUACUCUCUCAAUUCUGUCAGUUACCAUUUCCUUAAGGAGCAGAAGGAGGACGUACCUCAUAACAUUAUCACUGAUCUACAGAAUGGGAACGAGGACUCAAGAAGAAGACUAGCCGUCUACUGUAUGAAGGACGCUAUCCUCCCGUUAAGACUCUUGGAGAAACUGAUGUCUUUGAUAAAUUAUAUUGAAAUGGCUCGAGUGACUGGAGUACCAUUGAACUACCUACUGACCAGAGGGCAACAGAUCAAGGUGGUAUCACAACUACUGAGAAAAGCUAAGAAGCAUGAUCUACUGAUGCCUGUCAUAAAGUCCGAGUCUCAAGAGGAAUAUCUUGGAGGUCACGUGAUUGAGCCACAGAGAGGGUAUUACAGCAGCCCAAUCUCAGUCCUGGACUUCUCUUCACUGUAUCCUUCGAUAAUGCAAGCUCAUAAUCUCUGCUAUACGACACUCAUUUUGAGGAAUGUUGACAGAGAUAAGUUGGACCCUGAGGAUUAUAUUAAGACUCCGUCUGGGAAUUAUUUUGUUAAGGAGAGCGUCCGGAGAGGGAUUCUACCCGAAAUACUGGAGGAUUUACUAUCAGCUAGGAAGAAAGCGAAACAAGAACUUAAGAAUGAAACUGAUCCUUUCAGAAAGAAAGUGCUGGAUGGACGACAGUUGGCGCUUAAAGUCAGUGCUAAUUCAGUAUACGGCUUCACUGGGGCCACAGUUGGCAAACUACCUUGCAUUGAAAUAUCUCAGAGUGUGACUUCAUUUGGUCGUCAGAUGAUUGAAACGUCUCAGAAACUCAUAGAAUCAAAAUAUUGUGUAGCAAAUGGAUUUCCUUAUGAUACCAAAGUAAUCUAUGGUGAUACUGAUUCUGUUAUGAUCCUCUUUGGACAUGACAAUGUGACUGACAGUAUAGCUAGCGGCAAAGAAGCAGCUGCUUAUGUAUCCACUCACUUCCCCCCACCAAUCAAACUGGAGUUUGAAAAA